AUGAGUGAAGGGAAAGAAAACGGGAAGGAGGGAAAGGGUGCAAUAGGUAAGGUUAAGGAAAAGGAGAAAGUUAGAAGGGGGAGCACGGGAAAUAUAGAAGAGUUAUGGAAGAGGAAGAGGGAGGAAAUGGAGAAGAGCGGGGGGGAGGAAAAGGAGGAGAUCUUUAAGAGAAGUAAUAUGACGGCAAGAUCUCCUAAAAAAGACUCGGAGAUAAGUGUGAAGGAGUUGGGAGAAAGAAUGGGAGAAAUGAUGGAGGAAUUUAGGGCAGUGAGAGAAGAGCUAAGGGAGGGUUUCAAGGAGCAGGGUAGGAAGAUGAGAGAAGAGAUAGAGGACCUGAGAAGGGAGUUUAGGGAGCGUGAGAAGAGAUGGAAAGAGGAGAGGGAAGAGACAAAUAAGCAGAAGGAGAAAAUGGAAGAAAGAAUAAGGAGAUUGGAGGAAAAAAUGGAAGAGAGGAAGGAGGAGAAGAAGGAGGAGGAAAGAAACGGUAGAGGGGAGGUGGGGGAGAAAAUGAGAGAGCUGGAGAGAAGGCUGGAAAGGAAAGAAAAGGAGGAGAGAAGAAGAAACAUUGUAAUAAGAGGGCUGGAAGUAAAAGAAGGAGGGAGGAGAGAAAAUGCAGAAAAGUUGCUUGAAGGAAUAGGAGCGAAAGUAAAGGUUACAGAGGUGAAGAGAAUAGGAGGUGAUGCAGAAGAAGGAAGGGAAAUGGUGCUGUUAAAAUUGGAGAACGAAGAACAGAAAUGGGAGGAUUUUUGGGAAGGGCUGAAGAAAGAAGAUGUGUUAGUCAUGUUAGAGACCUGGAUAGGAGAAAAGGGUUGGGAAAGAAUAAGGGGGAGACUUCCAAAAGGGUACGAGUGGGGGGUGCAAAUGGCGAAGAAAAAGAACAAAAAAGGAAGAGCAAUAGGAAGGAUGAUAAUGGGAAUAAGGAAAGGAUUAAAAGAAAAGGGAACGGCAAUAGAAGUAGAGAGGGAGGGUUGGAUUGCGGGAAAGGUCAGAACAGGUGGCGAGAACUGGAAUAUUAUAGGGGUGUAUGCAAAGAAAGAGGGGAUGGAGGAGAUCGUACAGGAGUUAGGAGAUAGAAUGGAAAAGAAAGAAGAAGGAAGGUAUACGAUAAUUGGGGGAGAUUUUAAUGCGAGGACUGGUCAAGAAGGUGGGAGGAUAGAGGAAGAGGAGGGAGGAGGACUGGGAGAAGGAAGAAGGUCGAAGGACAAGAAGGUGGACAAAGAGGGGAGGCUGUUGGUAAAGAGCUUAGAGGAGAGAGGAUAG